AUGCCAGAAACUUCUAUCGGUGUGCGGCAUGCUCUCCCCGGCAGCAGAUUGCAUCUCACUGUAUCUUCUAUCGCGAUCCCGAUAGAUCCAGUGUGGAGUAGCAACUUUAAACUGUCACUGUUACUUCCAUUAGGAAUUCUGCAAUGUGCCCCACGACAUCGUAGACAGGCAUCUCUCGAUGCCCACCAAGCAUUUAGACUCACGAUGUACUUUUCAGCUCAAGGAAUUCCGUCCGCAACCACGUGUCUCUUGGCCGAUUGCUUCGUUCUAAGCAAGGGGAAUGUCUGUAUCGAAGGCACAGCGCUCAAUCCCGGCAUUAUCAUCAAAUGCCUUCCUACCCCGACUCUCGCCUUCAUCAGCACUGUGGGCAUAGUGUUUUAUCAGCAGAGUACCGUGGUAUCGCUUAGCGAAAUCUGUAAGGGCACAGCCCCAUGCUGCGAUAGCGUAGAUGACGAAGCAUCGUCGGAGAGGCAUAAAGACAGGAUGUGCGAGGACACACCUGUUAGUAAGUAUACGCGCAUUAAAGGAGUAGCCGAGCCACGACUGUUGUUGAACCUGAGUGGGACCGACACGUUGUUCUCUCACAUCUCUGAUGUCAAUCGCGAUAUGAUCGAUAGAAGAUUCUGGGCCAUUCACUGCGAAUUCUGUUAUCUCGGGCAACUCCACGUCAGAUCCCGAUCAAGCUCAAGAAGACCCUCACCAAAGCAAAGCCAAGUUGACCAACAAGGCUUGGGAGUCUUGUCUAGUGCUUCGUUGCGACCCAAGCAAGCCAUGGGGAUCUACGCGGCUCCUGUGGCUCAGUUGUAUCAGGAUGUGGUAGAGGAUGACUCUACUUGCGGGCCAGAGAGGAAUGUGUUUCGCUACGCUGUUUGCUUAGCUCAGAAUACGGCUCAGGGCGUUGAUCCCGUCCAGGUUACGUCUGGCAAAGUUAGAGAAUGGGUUUUAGCCCCCAGAUGGAAGGCGGAAGUAGAAGGUGGCAAGGUGCUGAUCGUUCGAUCUGACACGCUUCCCCCACUCAACAUACUUGGAUUCUGUCCCAUCGCUGUUGCGGGUAGGGAUCAUCAUGGCUCCACUUGGUUAGCAGGUGGAAAAUAG